GGACCAGCUGUAUCAUUCGACCCAGACAAGACAACAUCAUCACAUUCAAAAUGGGCAUCUUCAACAAGAAGCCCGUGGCUCAGGCCGUCGACCUCAAUCAGAUACAGGAGGAGGCUCCUCAGUUUGAGAGGGUUGACUGGAAGAAGGACCCCGGUCUUCGCAAGCUCUACUUCUACGCCUUCAUUCUUUGCAUUGCUUCGGCCACCACCGGUUACGAUGGCAUGUUCUUCAACUCGGUGCAGAACUUCGAGACCUGGAUUAAGUACUUUGGCGACCCGCGAGGAUCCGAGCUUGGUCUGCUCGGUGCUCUCUACCAGAUUGGUUCCAUUGGCUCCAUCCCCUUUGUCCCCCUCCUUACCGACAACUUUGGCCGCAAGACCCCCAUCAUCAUCGGCUGCGUUAUCAUGAUCGUCGGUGCCGUUCUCCAGGCCACGGCCAAGAACCUCGAUACAUUCAUGGGCGGCCGUACCAUGCUCGGCUUUGGCAACUCCCUCGCCCAGAUCGCCUCCCCCAUGCUUCUCACCGAGCUCGCCCAUCCUCAACACCGCGCUCGUCUCACCACCAUCUACAACUGCUUGUGGAACGUUGGUGCCCUCGUCGUCUCGUGGUUGGCCUUUGGCACCAACUACAUCAACAACGACUGGUCAUGGCGCAUUCCCGCCUUGCUCCAGGCUUUCCCCUCCAUCAUUCAGCUCCUCGGUAUCUGGUGGGUUCCCGAGUCUCCCCGUUUCCUCAUCGCCAAGGACAAGCACGACGAGGCCCUCCACAUCCUCGCCAAGUACCACGCCAACGGCGACCCCAACCACCCCACCGUCCAGUUUGAGUUCCGCGAGAUCAAGGAGACCAUCCGCCUCGAGAUGGAAUCGACCAAGAACAGCAGCUACCUCGACUUCUUCAAGAGCCGCGGCAACCGCUACCGCCUCGCCAUCCUCCUCUCGCUCGGCUUCUUCUCCCAAUGGUCCGGCAACGCCAUCAUCUCCAACUACUCCUCCAAGCUGUACGAGACCGCCGGCGUCACCGACUCCACCGCCAAACUCGGUCUUUCCGCCGGACAGACCGGUCUCGCGCUCAUCGUGUCCGUCACCAUGGCGCUGCUCGUCGACAAGCUCGGUCGUCGUCUUGCUUUCCUCGCUUCCACGGGCGGCAUGUGCGGCACCUUUGUCAUUUGGACGUUGACAGCCGGCCUGUACGGCGAGCACCGCCUCAAGGGCGCCGACAAGGCCAUGAUCUUCUUUAUCUGGGUGUUCGGCAUCUUCUACUCGCUCGCCUGGUCCGGGUUGCUGGUCGGCUACGCCAUCGAAAUCCUCCCUUACCGACUUCGCGGCAAGGGGUUGAUGGUCAUGAACAUGUCGGUGCAGUGCGCGCUGACGCUCAAUACUUAUGCGAACCCUGUUGCGUUUGAUUACUUUGGUCCUGAUCACUCGUGGAAGCUUUAUCUUAUUUACACUUGCUGGAUCGCCGCCGAGUUCGUCUUCGUCUUCUUCAUGUACGUCGAGACCAAGGGCCCCACGCUCGAGGAGCUUGCCAAGGUCAUUGAUGGCGAUGAGGCCGAUGUUGCCCACAUCGACAUUCACCAGGUCGAGAAGGAGGUGGAGAUUCACGAGCAUGAGGGCAAGUCUGUUGCUUGAGUGUCUGUUUGAGAUUGAUCUCUGUUUUUUUUACUGCUUAGUGAUGUGAUUGUCCUAGUAAUUUGGGAACUUCAACAGACAAGUCGUCACCAGUUGGAUAGCUGGGGUUUCAGCGUCUUGCUUGACCUUGCUUGUUGGGAAAUGUUUAUGAUAUGAAGUUUACAUGUUAAUAUUUUUGUCUAUCUGUUUACCAACGCUACACGAUGUGGAUGAAUGGCGACGUCGAUGGCGGGAUGACGAGAGUCACUGGGAAGCGAAGGAAAGGGAGGGGAAGGGAAAGAUUGGAAUAUUCCUCGGUAAAGGAACGCGUUAUUAUAUACCCUCUUUGUUGUUGUUAUCGUCGUUUGGAAUAGAUAGUCUUGGAAGGAAAUGAAUGAACGAUAAUGGC